CGACUUACAGGAAGUGACGCAACGCCAAAGCGCGCUGAAUGGCGGAAGUCCCGCCCAUCGCCGACGGCGGAAGUCCGGCCCGCCGCGUCUCCAGGUUUCCUCGUGUGCUCCACCGCCGGCAUGGCGCACUACAACUUCAAGAAGAUUACGGUGGUGCCGUCUGCCAAGGACUUUAUUGACCUGACAUUAUCCAAGACUCAACGAAAGACUCCAACAGUUAUUCAUAAACAUUAUCAAAUUCAUCGAAUUCGACAUUUUUAUAUGAGAAAAGUCAAAUUUACUCAACAGAAUUACCAUGACAGACUCUCCCAGAUUCUGACGGAUUUCCCUAAGUUGGACGAUAUCCACCCGUUCUACGCUGACUUGAUGAACAUUCUCUAUGACAAGGAUCAUUACAAGUUGGCUCUAGGUCAAAUAAACAUUGCCAAAAAUUUGGUGGACAAUGUUGCUAAAGACUACGUGCGACUUAUGAAAUAUGGUGACUCUCUGUACCGCUGCAAGCAGCUGAAGCGUGCUGCCCUUGGACGCAUGUGUACUAUCAUCAAGAGACAGAGGCAGAGUUUGGAGUAUUUGGAACAAGUGCGUCAACAUUUAUCCCGCUUGCCAACCAUUGAUCCAAAUACGAGGACUCUGCUUUUGUGUGGGUAUCCAAAUGUUGGGAAAUCCAGCUUCAUCAAUAAGGUGACAAGAGCAGAUGUGGAUGUUCAGCCCUAUGCAUUUACCACCAAGUCUUUGUUUGUUGGGCACAUGGAUUAUAAGUAUCUACGUUGGCAGGUUGUAGAUACCCCAGGGAUUUUGGAUCAUCCUUUGGAGGAUCGGAACACCAUUGAAAUGCAGGCUAUCACAGCUCUGGCCCACCUCCGAGCUGCGGUGCUAUACGUGAUGGACUUGUCUGAGCAGUGUGGCCAUGGCUUGAAGGAACAGCUAGAACUCUUCCAGAAUAUCAGACCUCUGUUCAUCAACAAGCCUCUUAUUGUUGUAGCAAACAAAUGUGAUGUGAAGAGAAUAGCUGAACUUGCUGAAGAAGAUCAGAAAAUAUUUAUGGACUUGCAGGCCGAAGGUUUCCCUGUCAUUGAGACCAGCACCCUGACUGAGGAAGGAGUCAUUCAAGUUAAAACAGAGGCCUGUGAUAGGCUUUUGGCUCAUCGAGUAGAGACGAAAAUGAAAGGAAAUAAAGUGAAUGAGGUUCUGAACAGAUUGCACUUAGCUGUGCCAAACAAGAGGGACGAUAAGGAGAGACCCCCUUUCAUCCCAGAAGGAGUAGUGGCUCGAAGGAAAAGAAUGGAGAUUGCAGAGCCCAAGAAGAAGAGGGAACGAGAUCUUGAGCUGGAAAUGGGAGAUGAUUAUAUUUUGGAUCUUCAGAAAUACUGGGACUUAAUGAAUUCAUCUGAGAAAUAUGAUAAGAUCCCGGAGAUCUGGGAAGGCCAUAAUGUUGCUGAUUAUAUCGAUCCUGCUAUCAUGAAGAAAUUGGAAGAAUUAGAAAAGGAAGAAGAGCUAAGAACAGCUGCUGGAGAGUAUGACAGUGACUCUGAAACUGAAGAUGAGGAAAUGUUGGAAAUCCGACAGCUGGCAAAACAAAUUAGAGAAAAAAAGAAGUUGAAAAUUCUACAGUCCAAAGAAAAGAAUACACAAGGGCCCAGGAUGCCCCGAACUGCCAAGAAGGUUCAGCGGGCGGAUUUGGAGAAUGAGAUGCGGGGCCUUGGUGUUGACAUGGAUGAUAAGGACAAUGCCCACUAUGCAGUCCAGGCAAGAAGAUCUCGGAGUGCCACUAGGAAGAGAAAAAGAGAAGAGUCUGUUCCACCCUCUUCUAUAGCCCGGAGUCGGAGUUGCUCUCGAACUCCACGUGAUGUUUCUGGCCUUCGGGAUGUCAAGAUGGUGAAGAAAGCCAAGACUAUGAUGAAGAAAGCGCAGAAGAAGAUGAACCGCUUGGGGAGAAAAGGGGAGGCGGACAGGCACGUGUUUGACAUGAAGCCCAAGCACUUGCUGUCCGGGAAGAGGAAGGCUGGUAAAAAGGACAGGAGGUAGAGCCCUCGUCAGUCGGCGUCGCUGGGCCAGGCUCUAGCUGGUUCUGGGUGUGAUGUGGCAUGUUUUAUAAACUCUGGAAAAAACAUUUGUUAAACGAAAGAAACAGUGGAAAUGACUGUAAACGCUUGAUGCUUUGCUGAACUCUGGUAAAGGACUAGGUGUGCCGUGUCCUGGUCAUUGUGCAGUUGAGACGCUGUAAGUGCAGAGCAUUCUGUCCUUGAUGAUACGGA